AUGGCGUCAGUCGCGCAAGUCACAGGGUCCGUGGACUAUGGCGCGGGCCCGAACCCCCGCGCUCUCAUCCACGAAGAACGCGCCCGCGCAACCUUCGACUUGAACCACAUGAACUACUUUCUUGAGGGCCUGAAGGAACGGGCCCUCGAGACCCGCUAUUUCAUCAGCCAGAUGGAGCGGGACCCGAUCUUGGCUGCAAAAACGGCGGACUACGAUGCCACCAAAGCUGAGCACCGCGAGCUCACAGUCAAGAAAAUCAAUCGUCUCGCGCAAUAUAUAGAAGUAGAGACGUUUGAGGAGGUGGAGCGGAGGCUCCUGGUUGUGUCGGUGUUUGAUCCCAGCUUCUUCACGCGCAUCGGCGUGCACUUGGGCUUGUUCCUCGGGUGUAUUCGAGGCAACGGUACCGCGAACCAGAUGCAAUACUGGUUGUUGCAGAAGGAGUCCGCGUAUGUGAAGAACCUCUACGGGUGUUUUGGCAUGACCGAGUUGGCGCACGGCCUGAACGUGGCCGGCUUGGAGACCACCGCCACGUUCGACGCGGACACCGACGAGUUUGUGAUCCACACCCCGCACUUGGGUGCCACCAAAUGGUGGAUUGGCGGGGCUGCACACUCCGCCACGCAUUGCACCGUGUACGCCCGCCUUAUUGUCAAGGGCAAGGACUACGGAGUCAAGACCUUCGUGGUGCAUUUGCGCGACGCGGACCACCAGUUGAUGCCCGGCGUGUCCAUCGGCGACAUUGGCGCCAAGAUGGGCCGCGACGGCAUCGACAACGGCUGGAUCCAGUUUUCCCACGUGCGCAUCCCUCGCUUCUUCAUGUUGCAGAAGUACUGCAAGGUGUCCGCGGACGGCGCCGUCAAGGAGCCGCCGUUGAACCAGCUCUCGUACUCCGCGUUGUUGGUGGGGCGUGUUACCAUGGUCAAGGACUCGUUCCGGUGGUCUGCGCGCGUCAUCACCAUUGCUCUUCGGUACGCCGUGGGCAGGAGGCAGUUUAAGGCCGCCUUGGCGAAGCCAGGUGACCCCGAAACGCAAUUGUUGGACUACCCGUUGCACCAGCGCCGGCUCAUUCCUAUCUUGGCGUUGACCUACGCGUUUUCUAACGGCGCCAACGUCUUGGCAGAGACUUCCUCUAGUACCUUGGACGAGUUGGACCGUGCCGUUGCUGCAGGUGAUAAACGCAUGUUGAGUGCUGGUGUCGACAAGAUGAAGUCACUUUUCGUCGCCUCGGGCUCGUUGAAGUCCACAUGCACCUGGCUCACUCUAUCCAACAUCGACGAGUGUAGACAGUCCUGCGGUGGCCAUGGCUACUCAUCGUACGCCGGUUUCGGAAAGGCUUUCAAUGACUUUGCUGUUCAGUGUACGUGGGAGGGCGACAACAAUAUUUUGGGCAUGUCCGUGGGCAAGCAGUUGAUGAAAAAGUACGCUGCAGUGAAGAAAGGCGAGCCAGCCACGGGCAUUCUAGACUUCUUGGGACUGUACAAGGAGCUUCUCGGAAACGAGCCCGUGUUGCUGAAACAGGACUUGAACAACCCAGCAAAGAUCAUGCUUGCCAUUCAAACUGCGCUUGUUAGAGCCUGUGCGCGGGCUGAUGAAGUUUUGGAGAUGAGAAAGGGUGAUACAGACUACAUUGGGGCCGACCUUGUCAACCUAUCCAAGUUGUUGGCGCAUUUCUUCUUGUUGAAGGCGUUCCUCGAGAAGAUCGAGGCCACAAAGGACCAGAAGGACUUGGCCCCAGUUUUGGACUUGUUGGCGCAAUUGUAUAGCGCGGCUAUUGUGUUGGAGGCGUUCUCCGGGACAUUCUUGACAUACUCUGUUGUUUCUACCGAGGCUAUGGCUCACAAUUCAACGGAUCACAUCGCCGAGUUGUGCGCCAAAAUUAGGCCACAUGUGAUCCCCUUGACAGACUCGUUCAUGAUGUCUGAUAUGAUGAUCAACGCGCCAAUCGGCUACUAUGACGGAGACAUUUACCAGAAUUAUUUCAAGACGGUGACCACCAACAACCCCACUACGGAUGGUAAGGCACCCUACUCUACGGCGAUCGAGACCAUGUUGAACAGAAAGUCUCUUGAGGAGAGACAGAGGUUUGAGCGUGAAGACGAGGCUGCGGAAAUCUUGUCCAGUUGA